GCCCCUGUGAAGUGUUUUAUAGAAGAGAAAGAUGUUACACAGCGUGUGGAUAAGUCUGCUGGCAAUUGUAGAGCUUGCUGUUAGCGGGAAAACAGAAAUUUACCGGUUUCGAGACCGAAGACUUUCUGGACUUCAGCCUGGAGUUUGUCGCUAUGGGUCCCGACUUGAAUGUUGCUAUGGUUGGAGAAAGAAUUACAGGGGCCACUGUGAAGCUGUGUGUGAACAUGGAUGUAAACAUGGUGAAUGUAUCGGGGCAAAUAAAUGCCAGUGUUACCCUGGAUUUACUGGUAAAACAUGCAACCAAGAUUUUAACGAAUGUGGACUGAAGCCAAGGCCCUGUGAGCACCGAUGUAUGAACACACAUGGGAGCUACAAGUGCUACUGUCUAAAUGGCUACAUGCUGAUGCCAGAUAGCACGUGUGCUAGUUCCAGGACAUGCGCCAUGGCAAAUUGUCAAUAUGGCUGUGAGAACGUAAAGGGAGAGAUACACUGCCUUUGUCCAUCCUCAGGACUGCAGCUCGGACCAGACGGGAGAACUUGUGUAGAUAUUGAUGAAUGUGCAUCUUCCAGACCUCUGUGCCCUCCUCUGAGGAAAUGUGUCAACACAUUUGGCAGUUAUUUCUGCAAAUGCCAAAAUGGCUAUGAGCUUAAAUACAUCGAUGGCAAAUACAAGUGUGUAGAUAUCGAUGAGUGUGCUGCCAGUACACACUCAUGUAGUCCACAUGCAAACUGCCACAACACUCAAGGCUCCUUUAAGUGUAAAUGUAAGCAGGGAUUCAGAGGCAGUGGCUUUCAGUGUUCCGUCAAACCUUUCCUGCAAGGAAACUUGGAAGGAGAACAGGGCAGCACUGACGAAAUCCUCAAUGCUGUUCCUGAAAUCCCCUACAAAGAAACACCUGUGAUUCUGGGAGGAAGCAGGAUUAAUGGAAGGAAGAGUGUAGUGAUAAAGAAUGCCAUCCCUCAGCCUGUAUCUACUCCUCCAUCUCUGGAUCGUCUCCAACCUUUUGACUAUGAGGAUGGUGUUUACAUUGGGAGCUAUGAUGAGAAAGAGCUUGAUGGGGUCUAUAAUGGCAAUGAAGAUAAAGUUGAGAAUUACAUUGACUCAGAGGAGCUAACUCCCAGAGGGGACGUGUUUGUUCCCAGGAGGAAUGAAGCCACAGUAUUCAGUCCAGUGCUGGGCAAGAAAGAAAUUUCAAUGCAAGAAUCAUUAAAUGAUGAUUUUUCAGUGGACUGCAAUUUUAAUCAAGGAGUUUGUGAAUGGAUACAGGACACAGAGGACGACUUUGACUGGAAAGUCACUGACCUGCCUAACGGCAACGGCUACUACAUGGCAGUCCCUGCAUUUGUCGGGCUUAAGAAUGAAGUUGGCCAUUUGAAGCUCCUUGUUGGUGAUCUGGUUCCGAAGAAGGAUUUCUGUUUGACCUUUAAGUAUCGGCUUGUGGGAGAGAGGAUUGGAAGUCUUCGGGUACGUUUCAAUAACAGGAAUCCUUCAUUCUGGGAGAGGACCAGAGACAAAAAGGAAGACUGGAAGGUUGGAAGCAUUACAAUAACUGCUAGAAACAGUUCUGAAACCCAGAAAAAUAUUAUCUUUGAAGCAAAGCGAGGAAAAGGCAGCACUGGUGAAAUAGGAUUGGACAGUGUUAUUCUAAUCUCUGGGCCUUGCAGAGAAGAUCUCAGAGAAUGACGACUGAGAGACAUAAAUUUCAAUUUCAGCUUCCUAAAUUCUUCA